CCAACCCAACCCAACCCCAACCCGAACGUCCAGACGAGCAGAAGAGGAAGAAGACCGAACAGAAGCCAAAACCAAACACCACCUCCUUCCCCCGACGAACACCGCCAUUCCUCCCCCCAAAUCCACCGCCGAAUCCGCCGCCGCCGCCGCGGGAUCCGCCACGAUCGCCCCGAUCCGCGCCGGAUCCGCCAAGCCUCCCCGCGCGCCCGCCGAGAUUUCGCUGCCGAUGGGCGCCGGCCGUGCCAGCCGCGGCGGGCCCUCCACCUCCGCCGCCCCCGCGCUCGCCCCUGCGAACGGACUACCCGCCGCGGGACGGCUCUUCCCGCCGAUCGCUCCCCCUCCCCCCGCCCCCUCCUACCCUUCCCCCUCCUCCUCCUCCCCGGCGGCGGCGGCUCCCCCCGCGGAGACGGCGUCGACCUCGGUCACGAAGACCGUCAACGGGUCACACCACUUCAAGAUCGCGGGCUACUCGCUGGCCAAGGGGAUCGGGGUCGGCAAGUACAUCGCCUCCGAGUCCUUCACCGUCGGCGGCUUCGAGUGGGCCAUCUACUUCUACCCCGACGGGAAGAGCGCCGAGGACGGCGCCGCCUACGUCUCGCUCUUCAUCGCGCUCGCCAGCGAGGGCACCGACGUGCGCGCGCUCUUCGAGCUCACCCUCGUCGACCAGAGCGGCAAGGGCCAGGACAAGGUGCACACCCACUUUGGCCGCUCCCUCGAGGGCGGUCCCUACACCCUCAAGUACAGGGGCAGCAUGUGGGGCUACAAACGGUUCUUCAAACGAUCUGGCUUGGAAACAUCAGAUUAUCUUAAAGAUGAUUGCCUUUUAGUAAACUGCACUGUUGGUGUUGUUCAAUCACAUACUGAAGGACCAAAGAUAUACAGGAUACCAGUGCCACAGUCAAACAUGUCUCAGCAUAUUGGACAUCUGCUGACAAGUGGAAAGAGGACCGACAUUACAUUUGAAGUUGAUGGGGAGAUGUUUCCUGCUCAUAAGGUGGUUCUUGCGGCCCGAUCACCAGUUUUUAGGGCACAGCUUUUUGGUCCGAUGAAGGAUAAAAACAUGAAGUGCAUAAAGAUUGAAGACAUGGAGGCUCAAGUCUUCAAGGCUUUACUCCAUUUUAUGUACUGGGAUGAGUUGCCUGACAUAGAAGAGCUUACCGGUCUCAAUACAACUUGGGUGUCGACUUUAAUGGCCCAGCAUUUACUUGCAGCUGCGGACCGUUAUGCCUUGGAGAGACUAAAAUUGCUCUCUGAACUCAAGCUAUGUGAAGUUGUUGCAAUAAACACAGUCGCUAACACCUUGGCGCUGGCUGAACAGCACCACUGUUAUCAGCUAAAAACGGUUUGCUUGAAAUUUGUGGCUUUGCCUGAGAAUUUGAAAGCCGUCAUGCAAACCGAUGGAUUUGAUUAUUUGCAGCAAAGCUGCCCAUCCCUUCUUACUGAGCUCAUUGAAUAUGUAGCCAAGGUAGGAGAGCACAUCGUGAGCCCCUGCUUAUAUUCAAACGAAGUCCUGGAUGGUGGCGAUGCCAAUGGAAGACGCGUGAAACCAAGAACUUAAUCCCUGGAUCAGCCUAGCAGGAUUUUCAUGUGUCCUUCGGUGUAAAGUGUUCCUAUAAACGGCACUUUUGUGGUGCCAUAUCAUGCGUGCAGCAUGCUGUAGUGUGUGUGAGUGUCAGUGUUCGUGUUGUUGUGACUCCCAUCUUCAUCUCUUGUCCUACUCUGGAGCGCGUUGUGUUGCUGAUAUAUAUCCUACUGACUAGUGUACGAUUGAAUUGCUGCGAAGCGUUAUUAGCUUUGCAGCCUGUGGCCAUAAGUGCAUGCAGGUGGCGCGGCGAAGGUUGGCUGGUACAAAGGUUGGAUCAAAAAAUAAGGGCGCGGGAUGUGUUCACAGAAGUUGCUUUGUGCUAGAUCAGCUUUGUCGAUUCCUAGUCGUCCGUAUGACUUGUAUUCAGUUGAAUGAUGUAAUCAAAUGAGAUCUAUCGGUUCUUUCAUGCAUAUUAUCGCUUAAGUCUGUCUGCCCGUUUCCUUU